AUGUUUGACGACUUUGAUAAAGCCUGUGGAAAGAUUGGUCUUCGACUAAAUCUCACAAAAAUGAUGUUCGUGAAGAACGGAUUGGUUUCGCAUGCCCCAUUCACGCUCAACGGAACGUAUACCUCUGAAUGCUCCAGUUAUAUCUAUCUAGGUCGGAAAAUCAAUAUGAUGAACGACCUAGCUCCAGAGCUCAGCAGAAGAAAACGAGCGGUCUGGAGAGUUUUCAAGAGCAUCGAGGAUGUAGUGAGGAGGUCAAAGAACACCCGACUCUGUGCCCACCUUUUCGACUCAACGGUACUUCCUGCCCUAACGUAUGCGUCAGAAAUCUGGUCGCUGCGUAAGCAGGAUGAAAGGCCACUCAGCGUUAUCGAACGCACAGUCGAUAGGACGAUGCUAGGAGUAUCCCGUUCCACACAAGUAUGGGAUGGGAUCCGAAGCUCCGAACUGCGUCAACGAUCAAAAGUCAAAGAUGCCGUUCUGUACGCCAAACAGUCGAAGACAAGGGGGCCGGACAUGUAA